AUGUUGAUCGGAUCUCGCUUUCUUCACACUGUUAAUAAAAAACAACUUAACGAGCCACCUUUUUCCAGGUCCACUGACGGUCUACGUAGCAGUCAAGUAAUAUUUAUGAAUCAUUUCUGGGUUUUUACAUUCGCCUGCGCAAUUUUCAUAAUCGUACACUCUGCGCCGAACUGGGGCCCACUGCCCAAUGAAUAUUUCCAAGAAUUCUAUGACCAUUACAGUGAAAAUAUGCAAAAUCACGUCGAAUAUCUCAAGCAUGUACACGAGGCACACCAUGAAAAUCAACACAGGGUGCAUGAAAAAUUCCAAGAGAACUUCUAUGACGUAAACGAAAGACAACAAGAAGGAUCGGAAAGUGACCAGGAGGCGUAUGAAAGAUCACAAGAGGACCUGAGAUCUGCAGGCAGCGACAAGAGAAGUACACUGCAUGGACGAGGCAAUCCACAAAUCGGCGAAAGAGAGGCUAAGUCCUUCCUUCGACGAACAAACGUCGUAGUAUAAACAAGCAAGCAAAUAAAGCUACAUGAAAGACUAUCCUCACCUGGUACAUCCUGUGACAACACGUGACAACAUCAAAUUCUACUCACACAUUCAA